CUCGAAGCCCAUCUCCAACGCCAUGGGAGCUCUCCGACUCCCGUCCCUCGCCCACCUCCUCUCCCCCUCCGCUGCCGCACGAGCCACCUCCUCUGGCGUUCAUCACCGAUCAUCCGCCCUCAGGGUGGCCGCAUCCCUGUCUGGUGGCGCCGGUCGGGGUAUCUCUACCCAGAGCCUCGCCAAAGAGGCCCUAUCGUCGCCGACUGCUGAUCGGAAGGCAUCGGCUAGCCCUGAGGUUGCUGUGACUCCGCGUUCGGUGGACUUCAAUGCUUGGUAUUUAGAUGUUAUCGCAAAGGCUGAGCUUGCUGACUAUGGCCCUGUUCGUGGAACCAUGGUCAUCCGUCCCUAUGGAUAUGCCAUUUGGGAAUCGAUCCAAGAAUAUCUGAAUGUGAAGUUCAAGGAGACUGGUCAUAGCAACAUGUAUUUUCCACAGUUUAUACCAUACUCUUUUAUCGAAAAGGAAGCCAGCCAUGUCGAAGGGUUCAGUCCAGAAUUAGCACUUGUUACCAUUGGAGGAGGAAAAGAACUUGAGGAAAAACUUGUGGUACGCCCAACAAGUGAGACCAUUGUGAAUCACAUGUUUACUCAGUGGAUUCAGAGUUAUCGUGAUCUUCCUCUCAUGGUUAACCAGUGGGCAAAUGUGACACGAUGGGAGAUGCGAACAAAGCCAUUUAUUAGAACUUUGGAGUUUCUGUGGCAGGAGGGUCAUACUGCUCAUGCUACCCUAGAAGAAGCAGAAAAAGAGGCAUUACAGAUGAUUGAUGUCUAUAAGAAAUUUGCUUAUGAGCAAGCUGCAAUACCUGUUAUUGUAGGUAGAAAAUCAAAGGCUGAGACAUUUGCUGGUGCUUCUCGGACUUAUACAAUUGAAGCUAUGAUGGGUGAUAGGAAGGCUUUACAAGCAGGGACUAGUCACAACCUUGGGCAGAACUUCUCUCGCGCAUUCGGAACACAGUUCACAGAUGAAAAUGGUCAGAGGCAACAUGUAUGGCAGACUUCAUGGGCUAUCAGUACUCGUUUUGUUGGUGGAAUUAUAAUGACUCAUGGAGAUGAUACGGGCUUGAUGCUUCCUCCCAGGAUUGCACCAAUACAGGUGGUGAUAGUGCCAAUUUGGAAAACAGAAGAUGACAAAGCAGGGGUUUUAAAGGCUACAUCAUCGGUUGAAACUAUAUUGAAAACAGCUGGAAUCAAAGUCAAGGUAGAUGACUCAGAACAGAGGACCCCAGGGUGGAAGUACAAUUUCUGGGAGAUGAAAGGUGUUCCUUUAAGGAUUGAGAUUGGACCUCGAGAUGUUGCUAAUGCAAGUGUAGUAAUAUCUAGAAGAGACAUCCCUGGAAAACCAGGCAAGGAUUUUGGAGUAUCAGUAGAACCUUCAUCCCUGGUAGGCCAUGUAAAGAACAGGCUUGAGGAAAUUCAGACAUCAUUUCUACAAAGAGCUACUUCAUUUCGUGAUGGUAACAUUAUUGAUGUGAAGUCAUAUGAGGAGCUUAAGGCAGUGAUUUCUGAAGGAAAAUGGGCAAGAGGCCCAUGGUCUGCCAGUGACGCCGAUGAGCUAAAGGUGAAAGAAGAGACUGGUGCAACAAUAAGAUGCUUCCCAUUUGAACAACCUGAGGGGCAGAAGAAAUGCUUCAUGACGGGUAACCCUGCUCAGGAAGUCGCCAUUUUUGCAAAAUCCUACUGACAAGCUUGGUUGAUCCUAAAAAAAGUCUGUCUCCAUAUUUCUUCUUUACCUGCUGUAGAUCUAUGAAGUCAUUUAUUUUUUCCAUUAUCAGCAUUCUAAUUAUAAAUCUUCAUUCUUAGUGAUUUUUUUUUUAAUACUUCACAUGAUGCCCAUCCCUGUUAAUGUCUAUUAAGACAUUUGAGAAUCUAGGUUUUUUACAUUACACAUGAUAUAAUGUGAAAUUUGAGUUUUGGAUGUU